GAAGAAGAACAUUUUCCAUCGCCAUUGUCAGGACCCUGUGUAAAGUCUGGUGAUGGUUUCCCAUAAGGAGCGAUUUGAGAUUACUACGGAGCCUGAUUCGUCUGCUAAAGGUCUCGCCUCAAAAAGCCACACUAGUGAAGAUGGAACAGUGACUCCUGCCAUGUCAGGAAGAAAACACUACAGACUGGUUGGUGUGACCCUCGGACUCCUGUGUAUCCUGCAAGCUGCUCUCAACAUUUCCCUGCGUCUUGCUCUCUGUGAGUUGUCUUUAAUUAGGACCCAAGCACCGAAUGACAGUUCUGAUGCACCUGAUUGUGAUGCUGUGAUCAGGAACCUGACAGAAGAGAGGGACCAGUUGAAGAAGAAGAUGAAUAUAUUUGAUCAUUACACCCGAGAAGGAUGGGUAUACUUCCGCUCUAGUUUCUACUUCAUCUCCUCUGACGAGAAAUCCUGGGGAGACAGUAGAGACGACUGUCUGCAGAAAGGAGCCGACCUGGUGAUUAUCAACAGCAAAGAGGAAAAUGAGUUCACAAGACAGUUCAGAAGGGCCUUCUGGAUCGGACUGACUGACACAGAGACGGAAGGGAUAUGGAAAUGGGUGGAUGGGACUUUGCUGAACACAACAACAAGCUUCUGGCACCCUGGGGAACCAAACUCCUAUCAAAACCGUAUUGGAGAUCUCCCUAAUGAAGACUGUGGAGAGACAAUGUUCAACGAAGUCGAAAACAACUGGAACGAUGAACAAUGUACCGAGCUGAACAUCUGGAUCUGUGAAAAGAGUUUGGCUUGAUAACGCUGCACCCACACGCACCACACUGGUAACUGCUUAGCUGCAGAGGAAGUGAAUCAAUAAAAUGCAAAGACAUAAACAGCCUUGCUUGUCCCCAUAGUAAGAGGCACUGGUAACUAAACGUAUGAUAUAUAUUUGAUUUGUUCCUGGUUCCUGGUAUUGUACAUGCUGCCUGUGUCAUUUGUUUUCAUACUGUAGCUUCUGUCAAUAUGUGUUUGCUGUUCUGACUAUUUGUUAUCAGAAUCACGCUUUUUCUUAUAAAUAAAUGUUUUGUAACCAAUUUGCAAAGUCUGAUUUAAAGAAAAAAUCAUAUUAUAGAUAGGGAUGUAGCUGUGAACAAAAUUACACCACCCAUGAAUUACUGUAUCAAAAUAAACAUCUUUUGAGUUUUGAGAGAACUGAAGGCUGCCACAGCCUCCCUAUCAUAUGUAUACUUAUAAUUAUGCAUUUUUAUUCAUACUCAUGCUUGCAUUUUACAACAACAAGCUGUUUCAAUGAGUAACUUCAAUUAAAAGCCAAAGCAGGUGUCAGAUUUUA